GUUGUCGCAUAACACAACUUUCCUAACAAGUUUCUUAGCUUAAUAAUCUCCAUUAUAAAAAAAAAAAUCAAAUUAUCAAACUCCCCUAACUUGCCAUUCCUAUAAAUUAAUCUUCCAGGCACCAUCUUAAUCAAUUUCUACCUACCACAACCACAACAUAGAUGAGUAAAAUGAGCGAACAGAAGCAGAAGAAGCAGCAGUCUUUGUUAAGCCGCCUUAAGAGGGCGGUGCAGAAGGUGAGGUUUCUGCUAAGCUCCACCAUAAUCAGCCGCACAUGGCAUGCCGCAUCCCUCAUCCGCCGCGCUUCUUCACUAGGCAAAAGGCAUCUUAGUUUCAAUGAUCCACCUGGACUGAAGAUUUGUUCUUCGGAUAAUGAAACGGAUUCGGAAGGUUCGGCUUCGCGUGGGCCUGGGCCUGGGCUUCAGAGGACUAUAAGCUAUCCAUCCGCGGAUGAAGAUGAUAUUGAUAGAAGAGCAGAGAUGUUCAUUGCUAAUUUCAGAAAGCAACUUCGUAUGGAGAGGCAAAUCUCCUUGCAGCUACGUUACCACAGAGAGCACAGCUUUGAGUUGAUAUCUCCAUGAUUCAUGAGUUUAACUUUUGGGGAUUCCUCAGAUUCAGGAGUAUAUAGAUGCAUGCUUGUUAAUGGAGGAUCUUGUUUUUUAUUUUUUGGGAAAAGGAUAUCUGUUAUCAUGUGUGCUAUUUCAUUCAUUGUUUUAUUUAUUUUUUUCCCCUUAAGGCUAUGCAAUUUGCAUUUUCCCUAAAAGGAUGUGUAUACAAAAAGAUUUGUUUAUUCAUGUGAAAUAUUUUUGUAUUUUAUUUUCUUGUGUCAAUUGGAUCUUUUAUUGACUAAA